AUGGAGCUUGUCAAUAAUGGGGCAGACUAUACAAUAGAGGAUUGCCAAAUGGCCCUCAAAACAGCGUUCUUCGAGCGCGAAUAUGACAAAACACUUGGAAAGACAGCACAACUCAUAGAUGAGGAAAGGCGCCGCAUCCUUCACGUUGACCAGCUUCUCUUGCAAUUUGAUAACGAAAACCUACAACUGCAAUUGAAACAAUAUAAACAAGAUUUAGCACGAGCUAGAGAUACCGAGUCGGAUAUUCGUAAUUUGCUGCAAGAUGCCAUCCAGGAACGUGAUCAGUUGCAGAGCUCAGCUCACACUGCAACUCACGAAAUUGAGAGCCUUCGACGCGAAUUGGCAUCGAUGAAUAGCACAACCGCGGAAUCUAGAACCCUUGUGACCGAAAAGCUACGCCUCACCAAGGAGCUGGCUAAUAUGCAGUCCGAGGUCCGCAGACUACAAUUGCAGGAGAAUUCCUUCCAAGCACUGGUUACUGAGAAACAGGAGCUUACCCGUCAUUUGAAUACACUUAAGGUGGAAUUUGAGAACGAGAAGAGGGCACACAGGUCCACCAUGGCCCAGGGAGCACAGCAAGCAGAUGAGAUAUCUGUCUUGACUGCGAAGCUUGAAGAGCAACGCAAACAAAUUGCAGCAGAGGCUCGAAAAGUGUCUGCUACUCAACAACCAAAUAACACAUGGCAGUCGGAGAAAGCUGCCCUGGAAGACAAAGUCGAUUCUUUGAACAGGAUGUUACGGACCCUAAAAGAUCAGUUGCGCCAAGCUCAGACUAGCAGCCAGACCAACAGCCGAUUUGACAACGGCAAAAGCAGUGGUCCUGUAGAACAAACGAGAAAGGUUCCCCUCAAAGACUUCUCAUCCAGGUUCGACCCUGGAUUGGAUAUCGCGACGCCAGGAGCAGUCCGUGUCAAGGAAGGAAAACGGCAACCUACUGCGCUUCCUGGCCAGAAAUCUGCCUUCUCCAUCACGCCAUUUCUCAAUCGCACCAAUGGAAACCAGGAUACCUCUGGCGAUGGACCAGACAAUAGUGGAGGUGCUGGUCAUCUCAACAGCGAUGAUGAGUCUGCUCUCGAGACUUCAUACCUCGAGGACAAAUUACACGUCAAGCAAUCUGAAGCUGAGCCACGCGAACGCCGCCCUAUCCAGGCCAAGCAGCGCUUGGAUAAACCUAAGCCGGCAAUGAAUCCUAAAAAGGGGAGCGGUCUGAUACUAGAUGAUAUUGACGAUGACAGUGAUAUCGGAUCCAUUGGCGCUCUUGUUGCCGGUCAACCGCAGGUCCGGACGAAACGCCGCAAAUUAGGGGCGCAGAGUAAAACUAUAUUGGAUGAGGAAGAAGAGCUAGAGCCUGAGAAUAUUCGCAAACCGGGGAGGAAGAUUGGUCUGAGUACGGGUCACACCACCAGCUUACAGACUGCCCAAAGUGGGCCCACUCGUGGCUUCGGUGGGUUCGGCGGAUUCUCUCCCUUAAAGAAGGAGAGGAAACGACCGUAA